AUGCAUGGGUCAAAGGCCAAUUCUUGGGAUGAACAUUGGCUGCAUGCCGUUCCCGCUGCGCCAAACCCCAGAGCAAAUGCGCCUUCAGAGCCAACAGAAAUCAGGGGGCGAGCCACUUCAAGGGAGAAAAGUGGCCCCCAUGCUCGAAAGCUGGCUCGAUUCGCUGGGCCAAACGAGACUGGACAUUUUAUUGCUGAGCAGCAGGCCCAUUAUGUCUGGCGGACUUCUGUCCCCUCCGUCACUCGCUUCGGAUCACGGCCAUGGGUCCAUCCUGAGUCGUCAGAAAGUGGCCGCGUUCAUCUACGCGGUCCUACCGACGGCCUUUCGCGAUGCGCCGAAGAAACUCGACCGCUUGCGAGGACGGCAUAUCUCGACGGUAUCCGCGGGUUGGCAGCCCUCGGGGUUGUCGUGCUGCACAUGGUCCUGGGAUUCUUCCCCAAUUCGUCGUACGCCUACAAUGGAACUCCCGGUCGAGAUUCCAUCUUCCAGAUGCCCUUCGUCCGACUGCUAUACACCGGGCAGCCCACGAUCUUUUUCCUCAUUUCAGGCUACGUUCUCUCGAUAGGCCCGAUCAAAAAGUCCCGGAAUCAGGCCUGGGGCCCGUUGCACCAGGACCUCAGCUCGAAGAUCUUCCGCCGCAUAUUCCGAUUGUAUAUACCUUCGAUUAUCGCUACCUUUUUCCCGAUGUUCAUGGUUAGUUUUGGGCUGUUCCCCGGCGUCGUGAAGUUCAAUGACGAGAUGCCGCAUCAUGAAUUCAAUAUGGCCCCGCGAGAGGCCACCUUUUUUAGACAAUUCUGGCUUUGGUGCAAAACAAUCCCGCCGCUCUUCUGGCCCUUUGACUGGGAGAACUUUUCCCAAAACUCCCCGUAUGCUUACCAGCUGUGGACAAUCGCCGUCGAGUACCGGUGUUCGAUGAUCCUUUUCCUCUUGCUUAUCGGAUUGUCUCGAUGCCAAAGCAAGACCCGCCUCACCAUCAACAGCCUCUUCGCCCUUUAUUUCCUCGCUCUCGAUAAGUGGGACGUCUUCCUGUUCGUUGCAGGAGCUAUCAUCGCCGAGGUGGAUAUAAUCAGGGAAGAGGCUGCGGAGAGCCAAUUGCCCAAAUCAGAAACGGGGGAAUCAAAGCCCGUGGCUUCACGCCAAAAGUCCCCCAAGUGGCUGCUAGUGGCUGGUGUCAUUCUUGGUCUGUGGAUUCUGAGCGUGCCAGCUGCAGAUAUCUGGAAGUCGUGGACCUUUACCAUUCUCGAGACAUGGGCGCCGAAAAACUACAAGGGAAUCUUCCGCUUCUGGGAUGCCGUCGGCACGGUCAUUCUCAUCUGGUCGAUCACCGGCUUGCCUUCCAUCCAGAGAUUCUUCACACGCCGCAUCUUCCUGUACCUGGGCAACAUCUCGUUCUCGCUGUACCUGACGCACACGAUUGCGCUGAAAUUUCUACUUUACCCAAUCAUGCCGUGGUUGUAUACCAUUUUCGGCUACCAAACCGACUUCCAGUACGGACUCUCUUUUGGCAUUGGCGGCACUUUGACUGUUCUGCUGUCGUUCUGGCUGGCGGACGUCUUCCAGCGUCACGUCGAAGAACCUUCUGCGCGAUUCACGUCGUGGAUAGACACGAAAUGCUCAAAGGGGUGA